AUGAGGUGGCUUCCUGUUCGGUCUGUUAGUCUCAUUUGUUUGGAUUUUUUGACCUACCGUAGAGGCGUACGUCUACACCGAUUUGAAGCUCAUCCAGACACUCUGAAAGCCGCCCAUGCAUUGUCGAGAGCCUACCAAGGUGUCCUUGACAGAAGCGAGAUAUUCGCACGCCAGUUCGGAGUUAAGCUGAAAGCUGACGCGCUGGAGGAAAUUAUUAGACGAGCAUUUACAAGUGAAAGUCCUCAGUUUGAAGACGCCAACAACGCUGAAAGUGGAGACUUCAAUCUUAGCUGGGUGCAUGUUGUUCGAGACGUUGAUCCCAAAGAGAUUCAGAGAAAGCCCGACGGCACCUACCAGUGUGUCACGCUAGGGUAG